UUGAGAGGUGUCACAUUUAGAGAGGUUCCGCCAUAUAUAAAGAGAGUUAUUUUGGUGGAUGUAUUUUGCAGCUGGAUUUACAUACUGAAUUCAAAUAAUUAAAUAUUGCAACAGUUUCGCUUUCAUACUUUCACUUCCACUCUCAAAUUUACCGCCGUUGGUAAUUCUGAUUAUAUUUAGUCACUUGCUCCCCAUUGUUUAGCCUCUUUUUUGUAUGUAAACGAUGAAAACAAACAAACCCUGUUGUUCACUUAGUUCGAAAUUUCCGCCAUAUUGUAAAGCCAGAGCUGCGAUAGCGCGGGAACUAAUUGCAGAAAAGAACUAGUUAUUGGUUCAUUUAGUCUACAUUUUUUUUUUUUAGUACGAUAAAUAAUAUCUACGAUGACCAGUUUGUUUAAAAAAACAAAACAUGAUAAGGAGGAGACUGAGUUUUUCGAAUCAGUGUCAAAACAAAAAGGAAAAAAGAUGUUACCGGUCACCUAUCCAUCAAACCAUCCAUCCGGUAAUGACAAUACACACCGAUAUUAUCCAAACGCGCCGAGAAAAAAGGCUUUUACCAGCUUCUUCACUUGGCAACGAAAACGACCGACAUUGGUGUUGAUCCUGACCUACAUUUGUGUGUUCACUAUCGGUGCAGCUGCAGGGUUUAGUCCGUUUAUUAAAGAAUUUGUCAACAGAUGCAAUGCUGAUCGAGAUUAUGCUAAUCAACUGAGUACAUUGUUAGCAAAACAAAGGGAGAUGAUCAUGAAGCAACAAGUUCUACAAACGAAUAUAACGCAGCCAGUUGUAGGUCCUAACACGGGUGCUCUUGAACCAUGGUUAAUUGACUUAUUGAAAAAAAUAAAUCAACAAGUGGAGAAAAGUCAUGUUCAGAUCAAGAAAGCUGUAGGCAAAGACGACAAUGAUAUAGUGUUGACGUGCAUACGAGGUAACGUCCAAAUAACAACCGUACAUCAUGGCGGCAUAAAAGCUGACAAAGCGAGCACAGAAAAAGUAAACAAAUAUUGCAACCAGAACAUUAAGAUGUCUCGAUUAACUCAACGUUGCAUCGUCAGUUUAAAAUCCGUAUUUCAAUCAUCGUUUGAGAACUCGAUUACUGAAAUCACUUACGUAUGCGUGAGUAGAAGCACAAAAUAAGCGAGACAACAACAACAACAGAAUUCAUCUAUUUUAUCCUUAAAUAAAUAUAACGGUUAAAGAUGCUGAAGACUUUAAUUUAAAAAAUAACGAUGCGUCAGUUGGAAAUGCACCGACAUGUCGGAGUUGAGAAGAAUAUAUAGUAACCAUGUCGUGAUUUUCCUCGCGCAACUUAAACAGAUUGGAAGAAAAAAUUCUACAAAACAGUUAUUAAAAUAUUUACCAUUUAUUAAUUUACCUAUAUCUAUAAAAUAUUUAAAUACAAAGUUUA